GAUUUGCAUUAAGUGGAGAGUUCUAACUGUAAUUGGGUAAUUACUACUGAAAGUAGCAAGAUGGCAGCAAACCCUCCAGGUCAAGCGGCUCUUGUACACUGAAUUUGGCUCUUGGUUGCCAAGCUGUGCAUCUGGGAGCAUACUGAAGGUCCAAAGAGGCACAGUUCUGCAAGUGAGAACAAAAGAUGAGAGGAGAUCUUAGCCAUCAAGAAUAGAUAACAAGAGCUCGAGACCAUAAAGAAACACAAAACAAAGACUGGUGCUGCUGCUGAUGAUGAUAUACUCAUGCACAAAGAUGGGAACAAAGAAGGUUUUCAGAAUAAAAAUAGGGUUGCAAUCUUGGCAGAACUAGACAAGGAGAAGAGAAAAUUACUUAUGCAAAACCAGUCUUCCACAAAUCACCCUGGAGCCAGAGUUCUGCAGCCAUUCUGCCAAACAUCUGAUCUUCCCAUCAUGAAGAAUAUGGACCCAUGCAUUGCUCUUACAAGAUCUUCCCUGAACAAGGAUUUCCGGGAUCAUGCGGAGCAGCAGCACAUAGCGGCACAGCAAAAAGCAGCAUUACAGCAUGCACAUGCACAUUCUUCAGGAUAUUUCAUAACCCAAGACUCUGCAUUUGGAAAUCUUAUUCUUCCUGUCUUACCUCGACUAGAGUCGGAAUGAGGGCUGUUCAUUCUCAGAAUGAAGGAGAUGAAUAUGUUGUCCAUUGUCGAAGCUGCCAUCUUUCAGAACUACUUUAUAUGAUUUGGAAAACAGAUUGUGAGCUGUUUAAAAAACAACUGUUUUUUUUGUUUUUUUAAACAUUUGACCUUUUUAUUUUAAAAAAGCCUGUUUCAUUCUGGAUUCAUAUGCUUGUCUUCCAUGGUUGAGUCUGGCUUCACCUGAGAAGAGGUGCUGUAGAUUAUUAUGGAACUGACAGUAUUCUUCUUUACUUAAUUUCUUUUGUCAGCUCAGUCAGAGUAAUACUGUUUGCCUGACAUAUCAUUCCUACAUUUUAUUUUUCUGAUUUCCUCUCUUCUUUCAUUCAGUUGGAAGGAAGGACGCCCCACCCAGAAUUUGAGAGGUUUGUUCUAAUCUGCAUUUCUAAAGUAUCUGUCAUAGUAUCUAUGUACUGUACUUGACCUUAAUGAAAGCAGACAAAGUCAUCUUUGUCUAUCCUAAGACAGACAUGGAUUCAGUAGAUAGAUCAGUCACUUUCAUUCGCUCUGUGCAGGAACAUUAUUAGUGCACCCUAAUGUUUUUUAUGUUUAGUCUUUGUAACAGUAUCCUGGUUUCCCAGGUAGUUAGAGAUACUAUGUGCCAGUAUCUCAGUUUGAGUAUAUAAAACCUAAUUAUUAACCUUGUGAACAAAUAAUCUUGUUUGUGUCUAAUUAUCCUCCUCUUUCCUAGUGAUAUGGGGUAAAAAUUCCCAAAGCAUUUAAGUCCCAUGAAACUUAUCAUAAGUUACUUAGGCACUUUUGAAAUUGUUACCCAUAAAAGUUCAAGAUCUGCCCUCGAAUUCAAAAUGUCACGCUUUUAGGGUUUUAUUAUUCUUUCAGUGCCUUUGAAAGUGUGUGUUUGUGCUGCUCAAGUCAAAGUUUAGAUUCUGUCUCUGUAAAUUCUUUUCCAGGCUCAUUUCAAUUCUGGCAUCCCAUUUCAGCACUAGGUUGAAGCUUGGCAUACCAAGUCUACUGGUUGGAUAAAUUAUUUUGGAAGCCGAACAAUAC